GUUCUGUUUCAAGUGUUUUCAAUGAAACCUGAUAUUGAAUGAUCUGCAAAACUCAAACGUUUCGAUAUGAAUUAAAAUUUACAAUUACUAUAAUUACCUUGCACAUAAUCAGGACUUUUUCUAUUUUCACUCUCUAUGCUAUUCUAAUUUAUAUUUGUGAAGAUUUCACCUUUCUAUAAAAAUAUUCACCUUUGCUAAAAUAACGCUUGUUCUCACAUAAAUUUAUCAAUUCUAACAAUAAGAUCAAGCUUCUUACUUGUUCCCUUUUUUCACAAAACAAAUUUCAACCAAUUGUUUGGGGUCCGUCUUCCUUACAUGUAAGGAAAAGGACGACAAACGUGUGAAGUUGACAAUUGAAAAAGCACUCUGGUACUUCUUGCUUUCAGGUCCUGGGGUGUCGGUUUGUUAUUUCAUUUCCUUCUCUUACAAUGGCUGAUAUGGCUGGUGGCAUACCUGAAAGCCUGGAAAAAAUCGAGCCUGUAGUCAGUCGUGUGAGAAGGAACUCAACUGGUAGCCUAGGUUUUGAAAUGGGCGAAUCCAAGGUCUUGUCACGUUAUCUUGGCGUUCCAACACGUUCGUGUCAUGAUAUGUGCAAAUUUGGUUUUGAACAUGAUUCUCCAACAAAGGCAAAGAUUCCCCGGCCCACGAGAUGUGGAGCAACAUUAGGGAAAAUCCCAGAAAGGAAGAGAGUACCAGGCUCAGCUAAACCAUCUUCAGAGAUCAAGAACCAGACAACUUGCCAAGUCAAUGGACAGGAAAUCCCAACAUCCACCAAAAAAGCAGCAGCUUUUGAAAAUCAUCAAAGUGAUUUUCCUUCAAGAAGCCAUCAAAGAAGAUACAGUGACAUCUUUAUACCAGGGAGGUCUUCGAAACUUCAAGAGUCUCUAUUGGCUGGAUCAAGCAGUAGACAAAACCACAGCUGUAAAAUGGAGGAGCACGGUGGAUCCUCCGAGCUAAGAAAGAAAAAGAAUGUUGUUACCUCAACUGUUUCAGUGUCUCCAAAAUCUUCUGUGAAGAAGGUAUCAAGCAGAACAUCCAGUAGCAACUCCCCAAGAAAGGCAUCUCACGUUAACAGUAGGACUAAUUUUACACCAAGCAAGACUGGGAAAAUCAGUUAUGAAAAUGUUACAAAGAAGUCGUCGUAUCUUAGAGAAUCGAAGCCUAAAAGCCACACUACAGGGAUUUCAGAAAGUAGUAAUGCCAAAGAAUCCUCUUUGGAUAGAGACGUUCCAAGACGAGGGAAGAUAGCUUCAUUACCCCUUUGUUCCCCAUCCACUCCUGCAUCUUCAGGCGGCGAUAGCUCAAGAGAAAAUGGGCCCACCCAGCCUUCCAUUUCAUCAUCAACUUCAGCAAAUGAGUCUUUUAACUGUGAUGGAACAGGCUCUAGCACCAAACAAAAUGGAACUACAACUCAAAAGCAAGACAUAAAACCUCAGAGGGCUGGACAAGUUGGGUUAGAAAAUGAAGAUUGCAGUCCUAAACUGCUCAAGUUCAAAAAAGGAAAGACAACUGAUAUCGAGUCUGAGAAUUCCAGUCCAAGGAGACAAAAGUUUAGGCAAGUCACCGUACAAGAUAAGCGCGAAAAUGAAAAUGGUAAUGGUAAUCCUAGAGGAAAAGGCUUGAGCAGAUCCACUGCUGAUGGCCAUUCAGAUGCUGCUACUAAAGACGAAGUUAUGACAGUAAAUCUUCGAUCCCAUGCUAUAGAAGACACAAAAGAAACUCCCAGUUUAUUCAACAACGUACUUGAAGUUACUGCAAGCAAGCUUGCCAAGACCAGGAGAAGCAAGGUCAAGGCAUUGGUGGGUGCUUUUGAAACUAUAAUCUCCCUUCAGGAUCCAAAAUCCUCUCCACUAAUUGGAAGGUCAUAACGUCCUUUUCUCUUUGAUAGAAAGAAUCUGCACUGGAGGUGCAAACUCUGUUACUGUCCUUGUGACUAUUACAUUAGCUAGUUAUAGGGAUUGAUCACUCAAAUUUGAUUUCGAAUCGAGUUAAUGAGUGCUUAGAACAGUCUAAUUGGACAAAUUUGGUUGAGCUUAAGAUAUUCUUGGAUGAACAACUCAUCCAUGUAUGCUUGCAGUAGCUGAGGCACUUGUUAGCAUAUUAAGUCCUAACAUCAAGUAUUGGAUUUUAUUCUGCAUAACAGCAUAAAGUCCAGACUCUAUAAAUUUCUCUGUUGAAGAUGACACAUUGUUAUCCUAUGUCUGUACAUAUUUGGUCAAUGAAUAACAGAAAUUUAGAAGGAUUACUCUCAAGCU